AUGGGGGUGCACGGCGUCAAGGCGGUGUUCUUCGACUUGGACAACACGCUGGUCGACACGGCGGCGGCCGGGCGGCGCGCCAUCGAGGAGGUGAUAAAUGCCCUGCAGUCAAAGCACCACUACGGUGAGGGAGAAGCCCGUGUCAUCUGCGACAAGGUCCAGGCCAAGCUUCUCAAGGAGUGUCACGAUCCCGCCAAGAUGUGCAUCACCGACCUGCGGAUUUCGCACUGGGAGGAGGCGAUCCAAGAGACGAUCGGGGGGGAGGCGAACCGAAACCUGGCCGCCGAGUGCUAUUUCCUGUGGAAAACGACCCGCCUCCAGCACCUCACCCUGGCCGAGGACACGCGGGGCAUGCUCACCGAGCUGCGGAAAGGGGUCCGCUUGCUGCUCUUAACUAACGGCGACAAACAGACGCAGAGGGAGAAGAUCGAAGCGUGCGCCUGUCAGCCCUACUUCGAUGCCAUCGUUGUGGGAGGAGAGCAGAAAGAAGAGAAACCGGCGCCAUCCAUAUUUCAUUACUGUUGCGAUCUCCUGGGGGUGCAGCCCGCGGAGUGCGUUAUGGUUGGUGACUCUCUAGACACAGAUAUUCAAGGAGGCCUGAAUGCGGGCUUGAAAGCAACUGUCUGGUUAAACAAAGCAAUGACUACCCCAGUUGAUACCUCCCCAGUACCUCAUUAUAUUAUUUCUUCUGUUCUGGAUCUUCCAGCAGUUUUACAGAAGAUGGAGCACAAAAUUAAUGCUAGGUUAGGAACUGACCAUAUUGCUAGUAGUAAUGAAGCACAUUGAUGGUUCCAGCAUACAAUCAGACGUGCUGAGCUGUUAGGUGACUCACAAUCUUUUAAAAAAUUUGACCCUAGGAUUUUGAACUCAUAUAUGGUAUGCUUUCUUAAACAGCAGAUGGAUGAAUGAGAGCACAGUUGUCAGUGAAAACAGGAUAAAAACAAAGAUUUAGAUUAAUUUAAAAGAUGCAAGUGCAGUUAGUUUAAAACAACUGCCUCUGUCUGGAAAUUAUUUUGACAGACUGUGGCUAAAGUCUAUCUGUCUCUGACCUAAGUUGCCAGUCUCUUGUUUUUAUAGUGGAAAAGAAAAUUGGAAUGUUUUGAUCUUUCACAUGCUUUGCUGACUUGUAAGUUUAGCAGAAGCUGCAGUUCAAACCUUGUUUGCAGUGCGUAAAAGAAGGUGAGAAAGAGAGUGUGGUACAAUCUGGUAAAUCUUCGCAAUUGAUCUGCAGUUUAUCUCAGGAACUGGAGUGAAUUUUGCUAUUUCUAAAACCAGAAUUUAUUGACAGAAUUUAUUAUGUGACAGACCAUUAGAAAAUGCUCUACCUUUGAUCUUUUUUUCAAGUUUUGAAGUUUUAGAAUUUUUUUCAGACUUUGCAGUGACUUUUAUGGAAUCUGUACCUCUUGCCAAAAGUACUUAAAUGUACAUUAGAAAUUUGCAUUUGUAUGGGGGACCAUUUAUCAGAGGGACUUGAUGGAGAAGUUUUUACUUUAUAUUAUCUUGGUGCUUAUGCAGAUAUGCAGUAUACUUGUAAUUCAGAUUAUGAUUUCUGUUGGAAUGUAAUUGAUAAAACAGGGAUAUUUUCAAUGGUCUUACUGUACUGUCAGACUCUUUAAAAGCUAAUAUUAUUGUUCUGUCUGAUUUUAUUAGUGAAUUUUGAUCAGACUUUUUGGAGAAACUGGUCUUGGUCUUGCUCAGGUGUAUGACUACUCAGAUUCAACUGCAGGAUCAGUGCUUUUUUUGACUGUUUUAGUGGCACUGCUAUACAAUCCCUCCUCACUCCAGUUUCUACAUGUAUUUCAUGUGAUUUACUCUGGAGAAAAUAUGAGCUAGUUGUUUGUAAAUGGCUUUCAUGACUCUCUUCCAGGAAAUGGGAAAUUAUGUCAUAUAUAUUACAGUACUGUGUACAACUUUAUAAUGUGUAUGUGCUCUUUCCACUAGAUGGAGGAGAUGACUCUCUAAAACACAAAGAUUUCUCUUUCCCAGAUCAUUAUCUUAAUAAUUUAAUUUUUCUGUACUUCAUAUUCUUACUAUAUAAUGGGAAAGUAUUCACAUAUUAAAUGGAAAUGUAAACACUUGUUGGAAAACCUGUGUUUUUCAAAACCUGUUUGCUAUAUAUACAUUGGGCUGAAUAUCUGACCAUAUAUGAGCAAUCAAAUUUUAUAUUUUAGAAUAAAUCCAUGACAAAUCUUUUGAGAAGAGGGAUAUUGAGGUGCUGGCAGAAGAGUGUCUGGCAUGUGGGCAGCAAUAAAAGAUCAGCAGAAAGUACAGAAACCUACCAGGAAAUGGGUGUGUAGAAGGAAACGUAUAUACAAGAAAGGUUCCUUUGUUUAACUUGACAUGAAUUUAAGUUAAUGUAGUUAAGUCUUGCAUAGGAUGAUAGAUUCAGUUUAGAGGAGGCUAUUACUGAUCUGCGUUAAAUUAUUUGGCAAAGAGUUUAGGUUGCAUCAAAAUCUGUUGCUCCUACAUUGAGGGGAAAAAAAAGAAAAGGAAAUACUCAUUAAAGUUUGAACCCCUUUCAUCCAGUUGUCCCUUAAAAAAGGUAAAGCAGUCCAGAUUCUUCAUGUUAUCUAGCCAAGACCUUUGAGACAUCAGGAUCAAUGAAGAGAACUGAGGCAGGCCCCACCUGUACCUUUGAGGAAAUGGGCAUAUGCUAAAAUGAUCCAAUUACAGUGGCAGAGUAAGUUGCCACAUGUAACGUGAGCCAGUGGGACUGACUUGACACACUGUUGUUACUGAAGUAAGCCCUAAGUUAAGAUUUUAUUUUGCAUUUGGAAGAGCAUGAAAACAGCGACUGGUUUAGCUGAUGAGCAAAGCAUUGCUAAUAACAUUCCUUAUAACCAAGGACUGAGAGAAAAAUAGUAAAGAUCAUUGAGCCUAUGAGGAAUAUUGUGUAAAAAUAGAAAUGUAUCCAAAAGCUUAGAUGGAUCCCUGAAAAGAUAAUGUAUUUGAAGUAAUCUGUUUUAACCAUACUGUCUGAUACAAAAGCAACAACUUUGCUUACAACAGCGUCCCAAAGGAGCUGCAGUAUAACUGCAUUGUUUGCACAGCAUCAGGGUAGUAGAACUUGGGUCUGAAUGAGGUUUCUGAUACAGCUGAGAUUUAAAAUAACAAAUGGUAAUAAUUCACAAUUCUGGUUGUGGGCUUGAAGGAUAUAUAUUCACCAGGUUACCAUUUUUUAAUAUAAGUUGAGGCUCAUAUUCUCUUGCCACUGCAUCAUUCUGAAGUAGGAUGCUGAGCCUGCUUACUGUAUAAAAGGUCUCUUGUUUUAGAAGAGACCGUUCUUUGUUUUGCACAUGGCCAGCCGUUUUCUUAAAUCUAUGAAUCUACGAAAAACCACUGUAACUGGACACUUAGGUGAUAGUGUGGUCUGUAGAGGCCACACCCAAGGAUAUUUUUUCCAUUGCUGAGUACUGUACCAGGCUGGAUGUGACUACCGGUGUCCAGAUAGGGCAAUAGUGUUGUGCUUCUAUAAAACAAGAAGAAACAAUAGAAGGGAUUUCUCUAUCUAGGGGUCAUCUCAGAAGCAGUUACCCAGUAAGCUGGAUUAGGUAUCUGGAGUAUCUCUGAAUAGUCAAGAUGUUUUUCUUGGAUGGAGCUCUUACAGAAAGCCUAACGAAAAAUAAUUCUAUUUAACGAAAUGGAAACAUAAAUGUAGCGAUGGGAUAAUUUUCACAUCAGAAGCAGGAGUAGAUCAAUAAAGCAGUCUAUAUAUGGUUCCAGUUAAGUUCUGGUUUUGCCUAGUGUUAUGCUCUAUUAGCUAAGUUGUCUAGUUUAAAUUAUAUUGCCAAAACACGCUAAAUGAAGAGAGGAAAAAGAAAUUCCAUCUAUAUUUUUAAAAACUUUUUUUUUCAGUUAACUAUUACCUCCUGAGAUUAAUCUACAGUAACUUUGACUUUAGUGAAAUGAACUGAAACAAUAGUUUAAUACCAACUGUAUUUUAAUUCUUGAUUUAAAAUAACCCAUGUACUAGUCUAAUAAAAGUAUUUUGUUUAUAAAACAUUUCUUUUAACGCUCUGUAUUACUGUGGAUAACUGUUUGUGACCAGGUUUACAACAAAGGGCAAGAGUUCUGUUUGUUU